AUGACUUCUAUGAUGCACUGUGGCAUCGCUAAAGAUAUCAUCGAGAUGUUUGGUUUGAUGAUUGAUGAAGGAACUGGAAUCGACGAAGUCACUCUUUCUACUGUCCUUAAGGCUUUAUCAGUCUCUGAAGCAGUAACUUCACAUAGCUGCACGCUUGUACAUUGCUGUGCCAUCAAAUCCGGAUACGCAUCUGAUGCUGCAGUCUCGUGCUCUCUAAUCGAUGCGUAUUCGAAGAGCGGUCAGAAUGAAGUAUCUCGGAAGGUCUUUGUUGAGCUUGAUUCACCUAACGUAUUCUCCUGGACCUCGAUCAUCAAUGGAUAUGCUAGAAACGGCAUGGGAAGAGACUGUGUUGAGAUGCUGAAAGAAAUGGAUCGAAAGAAUCUCGUACCAGACGAAGUUACAAUCUUGUCUGUACUAUCAGGUUGCAGUCACUCUGGGCUUGUUGAAGAAGGUGAGGUGAUUUUCAACUCAUUGGAAUCGAAGUACGGGAUAGUACCAGGAAGGAAACUGUAUGCGUGCAUGGUGGAUUUGCUAGGCCGUGCUGGUUUGGUGGAAAAGGCCGAGAAGCUGCUUUUUAAGGCACGUGGAGAUGCAGCAGACUACUGCAUAGCGUGGAGCUCAUUGCUGCAGAGCUGCAGGGUUCAUGGAAACGAAGCAAUAGGAAGAAGAGCAGCGGAGGUUUUGAUUGAUCUUGAACCUGACAACUUCGGUGUUUACAUUCAGGUUUCGAAAUUUUACUUUGAGAUUGGUGACUUUGAAAUCUCCAGGCGAAUCAGAGAGAUUGCUGCCUCACGAGAGCUCAUGAGGGAGAUUGGUUACAGUUCAGUCACCGUGAGAAACUGA